UUAAAACAGCAUACCUUAAAAACACCCACACAUUGAGAAGGGUGGAUAAAUUAGUAACUUUUAUUCUUACCUGUUGGUGGACACGCGCGAAUUUACUUUUUGGACUUUUCGAGUUUACCUAGUCUGGACUUGGCUUUGAGCAGAAAAAGCGGAGCUGAAUGGAUGGUUAUGGGGAAUAGAGGAGGAAUUUCGGCGUUAAAUGUUUUCAGAGUCUUCGCCUUGUUUCUGUCUCUCUUCCUCUCCGUGAGUCUCCAGUGCAACAUCCUCAAGUGUAACUCAGAAUUCUGGGCUUCAUUUGCACACUCCGGAUCAGAAGAGGAGUUUUGCAGGGUGCUACGAGCAUUUAACAUUUGUGUCCACCGAACUGCACGUACAUGCAGGGGCGACUUGGCGUACCACACAGCGCACCAUGGCAUAGUGGAUCUGAUGGACCAGCACAAUUGCUCAAAAGUUAGUCCAACAUCCCAGCCGCUUGUUCGAAUCCCGCAUCCACCGACGCCAUCUUUGCUUGUGCCAGAGAACCAGGAACACUUAGAUCCUGGCCCAAAAGUAUGCCACUUCGAGAGCAACGUGUUGCCGCCUAAUUACACCCAUUGUGGCUUCUUCGGUGACCCUCAUCUGCGAACCUUUGGAGACAACUUCCAGACAUGUAAAUUGGAAGGAGCCUGGCCUCUUAUUCACAACAAAUACUUGUUUGUACAAGUCACCAAUACUCCUGUGGUGCCAGGGUCUUUAGCCACAGCUACAAGCAAGCUCACGAUCAUCUUCAACAACUUCAAGGAAUGUGUGGACCAGAAAAUGUACAGCGCUGAAGCAGGUAUGCUCCCUGCUGCAUUUGCAGACGGUUCCACCAAUGGUGGAAGGGAUAGGCGCGGGGGCAACACUCUAAGAGUGGUUGAGAAGGUUCCUGGACAGCACGUGGAGAUCCAGGCCAAGUACAUUGGAACGACUAUAGUUGUGCGACAAGUGGCCCAAUACCUGACAUUUGCUGUGCGGAUGCCAGAGGAAGUGGUGACCACCAUAGAGGAGGCAGAUAAUCAGGACUUGUACUUGUGUCUUCACGGCUGUCCUGCCAGCCAACGCAUUGAUCUGGAGAGCUUUAGGGCACGAGUGGAAAAGUCGCACGUUGCCACUCAGGCCAGAAAUGGCUUCACUUACCAGUCUGCAAAGGCCAAGUGCAAAGAGUGGCUCCCUGUGGAGGACCUAUAUUUUCAGUCGUGCGUGUUUGACUUGCUUUCUUCGGGUGACGUUAACUUCACCAUGGCAGCGUACUAUGCAUUUGAGGAUGUCAAAAUCCUGCAUUCAAACAGCCACCAAUUCCACAUUUUUGAAAAGGAGACUUUGCUAGGUAACGGGGCGGCAGAGAGAGUCUUGAAUCUAUUUUCUCUGUUUCUGAAAAAUAUCCUUGCUGCUUUUUUAUGCACAAAAGUGGCCUCGUGUUUUGAGGUUUUCAGGAUAAUCGGUGUCUUGUGAGAGUGUCAAUUCUGUUUUCUGGUUCUGUGAUCAGGACCCAGGGAAAAAAACAGGUUUAAUCAGGGUUUUCUGUCCUGGAAUGAUGUCAGUGGAUAAUCCCUCCAUUUUUUUUUCACAGGUGCAAAGUCAAGUCAAACCAAAUUAAUUGUUUAUUUUUUCAAUGGAAAAGAAAUCUUGUAAACCUUGUAACUAGGGAUGUCCGAUAUUAACCUUUUUGCUGAAUAUCUGAUAUUCCGAUACUAAUGUAUCCAUGCCCACCAAAACUAACGUAAAUGUCUCAGGACCCUACAAGCAAUUCCAGCAUAUUUGGAAAAACCUAGGCUUUGCAUUAUAGGGUUUUCAUUAUCGGAGGAACAACCAAUAACAAUUCUUACAGAUAAUAGAUAAUUUUGCAAAUA